AUGGGUUUCUUGGCAUUGCUUCUGGUGGCCUCUAUGCCAGUUGUCCAGGUCCUACUCAUAGGUGUUGUUGGAGCUUUUCUCGCUUCUGGUUACAGCAAGAUCCUAACUUCAAGUGCUCUAAGUGACAUGAACAAGAUUGUUUUCACUGUCUUCACACCAUCUUUGAUGUUUGUUAGCCUGGCCAAGACGGUCACUCUUUCUGAUGUCAUUUCUUGGUGGUUUAUGCCAAUUAACAUAGGAAUCACAUUCAUGGCUGGUGGUACUCUAGGUUGGAUAGCAUGUAAAAUCUUGAAACCACCACAGCAUUUCAGAGGAAUGAUCAUUGCCUUCUGCUCAGCAGGAAACCUUGGAAACUUGCUCUUGAUUGUUGUUCCAGCAGUCUGUGACGAAGACGGCAACCCGUUCGGAAAAGACAGCAGCCGUUGCCGCUCUCUUGGGCUCUCCUACUCAUCACUGUCCAUGGCUCUUGGUGGCUUGUACAUAUGGACGCAUACAUACAGCCUUAUGAAGAAGAGGCACCAGCCUGACAGCAUUCAGUGCCCAGCCGACAGUGACGAAGAAUGUCAAGCACAGAAGGUCAAAGCGAAUGGUGAAGCUGCCGAUGCCGAUGAGGAGACGCCUCUUCCGUUGUCAGCUAAAAUAGAUGAACAAAAUGAAGAGAAACAAAUGGAAGCUCCACUGCUCACUUGCAAGGGCGAGGUUGCUAAGAAAGGUUCAUGGACAAACCUGAAGGAAACCAUUCACCACGUUGUCGAGGAGCUGACGGCACCAGCAACUCUAUCUGCAAUACUUGGAUUUGUUGUUGGCCUAGUCCCAUGGCUGAAAUCUCUUGUCAUCGGCGAUAAUGCCCCGCUCAAAGUCAUCCAAGAUUCCAUCCAGCUAAUGGGCAAUGGCACAAUUCCUUGCGUCACCCUCAUCCUAGGUGGCAAUCUGACAAAAGGGCUACGGAAAUCGGAGCUGAAGCGGACGGUGAUCAUCACGAUCGUCUGCAUCCGCUACGUGAUCCUCCCGCUGGUCGGGAUCGCGGUGGUCCGCGCUGCGCAUGGCGUCGGAUUCCUGCCCCACGACCCGCUCUACCGCUACGUGCUCAUGAUGCAGUUCGCGCUGCCACCUGCAAUGACCAUUGGAACCAUGGCUCAGCUGUUCGAUGUUGCCCAAGAGGAAUGCUCGGUGAUCUUCCUGUGGACUUACCUCGUUGCUUCCAUUGCACUCACGACAUGGUCGACGGUAUUCAUGUCCAUCCUGUCUUGAGGUCAAGGUCGACGACGACGACGACCAAAUCUGCUCUUGGAAGUAUUGGGUUAAGUGCAGUGGUCAAUUCUCAGCUCAAAAUGAAGGGGUUGGAGACACUAAGGGCAUGUUUGUUUCCAAGCAACUUUUUUUACUCCAUGUCACAUCGAAUGUUUAGAUACUAAUUAGAUAUAUUAAAUAUAGACUAUUAA